AUGUGUGGCAAACAUAACGCUGAACAAGUGACCUCACCACAGUGGUAUCCCACAAGACUGAUAGAUGUUGGAACUCUAGAAUCGGAUAGGAGUAACGUCAAGCUAAUUGAGACAGGAAAAAGUUUCCCACGUGAUGACAAAGCCGACUGGGAGAGAGAGGCCAGUCUAAUGGCCAGCGUAUACCGAAAUGCCAUGUGCAACAUAUCCGCAACGGCCUCUUCGGAUUCCACUGGUGGUCUUUACUACAACAGAGAAGAUAUACUCACCGGUAUCUCUCUCAGUUACCCCGAGGAACGUGAGGAGCUGCUUCUUAUCCGAGAAGAGCUCGAGGUAGCGGACGACAUCGAGUUUGCCGCAAUUACAAAGAGAGGUUGGGUGUUGCAAGAACGACUCCUCUCACCAAGAAUCGUCCAUUUUACGAGUCGGCAGCUCAUCUGGGAGUGCAAUGAGCUCAUAGCAUCCGAGAGUUUCCCCGACGGCCUUCCUGAUUUUUGGACUUAUUAUUACGUACCAAAGAGGCUCAUGGCCGAUGCUCACAAGACUUUAUCCGCAGGGGAGUUAGUGGAGACUUGGGGAGACGUUCUUGAGCGGUACACCAAUGCGAGUCUAACGUUUCAAUCUGAUUUACUGCCUGCAUUGUCUGGCAUCGCGAAGUAUCUACAGGAAAUAUCCGGAGCCACUUAUCUUACUGGAAUUUGGAAGACACAUGAGAAACCGGUGGUGAACUUGGCUUGGGAAUUGAAAUUCGAGCCGUUCAAAAGCACAAGCGAUAGUCAUGGAGAUGGGUGGUUCGGCGCCGCAAAAACGAAAGCAGAGAUUGUAGAUGCGCAGAUAACGCCUGCUACAUCUGAUUUGACAGGGCCCGCCUCGUCUGGAGUUCUUACCAUCGAAGGACCUCUCAAUCAAAUAACCAUAAAUACCGAAUUGGAAGUGUUUCUUGAUGAGGAACAGUUAGAGAUGAUGAUAUCUUUUGAUGAGCCAGAAUACGAAGAGGAGUCGUUCUUUAUCUUGCCACUGUAUUCGUAUCAUUCUGAGCAUGAUCACGAAGAUGGGAUCGAUCAGAUUGUUUAUGUCUAUCUUAUUUUAUCCCUAGCAAAAGAUCAGUCAGGUUGCUACACUCGUUGUGGGUUAGGACGUAUUGCAAGAUGGGUUUAUGAAUGGCCGCCCAUUUGGGACAAGGUUGUCAACGGAAUGGAUGUAUCGUGCGACGAAUUUCUUGGUCUGGAAAGAGGACACAGAAUUCGAAUUAAAUAA